AGCAUAAUAUUGAAGAAAACACACUGCACAACCACCACAAAACUAUCUGGCAAUAUGUUGAGAAGAGGUGCUCUAACCAUUUCCAUGUUAUCAAAUUCUACAACAUUGGGGGGGUGGUGCAGGCCACGCAGGCGGCUUAGACGGAGGAAGAGUAGCACCAUACGGUUAGGAAAUAAGCGGCGAGGGUUCUGCUUAGCAUCAAAGCCAGUGGUGCAAUGGGGGGUCAUGAUGGGUCCUCUUAGGAUGCUGAAAAAGUUCAUCAUGGAAAUGGCACCAAAUGGACAGUUGAUGGAGGCUUAUUAUUCGUCUUUAAUACCCUUUCUACGUCCCCAUCUAUUUCCAUUAUGUUGAUUACUAGCAGCAAUAUCUCCUUUGCUUGGUUUUUUCUUUUCUUGUUAAGCUGUGUAAUAAGGGAUCAAGCAACUCCUAUAAUUAUUGAACAAACAAAUUGCAUAUUAUCUUUAUAGCGGUUUAUAAACAUAGAAAAUAUUGCAAGAUGAAUGAAGGUUUAGGUUAUGUGUA